GCGGUGGGAAUGCGUCACCGGUUAUUAUUACUCCGUCCAGUUCACAUUUUCACUCACUUUCCUCUUCUCCAAAGUAUUGAUUUCUGAAUCGAGUUAAAUUUCUAGCUUGAAAUUUUACUAUUUAUUUUGAAGUUUUUCAUGUAACGGAAACGAGUUUCAAAAUGUCAAAGAAAGGAUCUCGACAGAGUUUGGCCGAGUUGGAAGGUCUAGAUUUGGACCAUGAGUUGGAAGAAUUUCCAAUCGGCUUAGGCUGUGCCUUGGACAUGUUUCGUGAAAAGGACGAAGUUUUCGAAAUAUUAAAUUCACUCCCGGGAAUUUAUACGUCGCAGUCGACGGUCGAAGUAACGUACGAAACGUACGGCAAAAUAAUGGACCGAUAUCAAGAGCAACCCCAUCUGAUCGAUCAUCAUUUGGAAGCCAUGAUAAACGUCCUCUUGUCACAAUUCCGAGACAGUAAUUCGAAACCAGAACAGGUCAUUUUAAAACAUUUGAGUCUCCAGUUUCUUCGCCGCCUUUUCAAAGUUCGAGGACCGAAAGAAGUCGUGAAACGUUUUCCCCACGAAAUAGCUGACCUAGUCCCAGUGCUGAAUUACUUGGAGAAUGAGAACUUGGACGACCCUUGUACUUGGGAGAGUGGUUACGUCCUCGUUAUGUGGCUCAGUAUCUUGGUCAUUAAUCCAUUCCAUUUGAAACUGCUGGAUGGUCAGGAGGAGGAGAGGAAGGAUGGAUUGACGAUUGCACAACGGUUGAUGAAAGUUUGCAAAAAGUGUAUCGUCCUCAACAACAACGUUGGGACAGCGGCUCCGUUUUUAAUCUCGAGAUUUUUAACGAGACCCGACAUGCAAGAAGUAUACAUGGAUAAUUUCAUUGAAUGGACUUGUGUGCGUUUACCGGAACCUAUGGCAUUUGGAACAAGAGUUGGUGCAUUUGCCGCAUUAUCGGCAAUUUUCAAACAUGCGAAACGACAGGAGAUUUUAAAAUAUGGGGAACAAGUUUUGAAGGCAGUUUUAUUUUCGAAAUACGAAAAAUGUGACACCGUAUUGCGAAAGGCUGGGACGAAAUUGAUUCAAAGGAUUGGAAUGAUGUUCAUGAAAACGAAGAUGGCUCCCUGGCGAUAUCAGCGAGGAAGUCGGAGUCUGGUCUGCAAUUUAAAGGGCACGACUAAUCUUUCUGAAACUUCAGGAUCGUCUGAUCUUAAAAAUUUAGGCGGAAAUGAUCAAGCUAAUUACGAAGAAUUAAACCAGUAUUCGGGCGCUAUUGAAUCUGUAAUUGACAAGUUACUUGAAGGUCUAAAGGAUAAGGACACCGUUGUUCGGUGGUCUUCGGCCAAAGGGAUUGGACGGGUGACAAACCGCCUUCCGAAAGAGUAUGCUGAUGAGGUCAUGGAAGGGAUAUUGCAAAAUUUUUCUCCACGAGAAGGGAACGCUGCAUGGCAUGGGGGCUGUCUCGCUCUCGCCGAACUUGCGCGGAGGGGAUUAUUACUUCCAGAAAGAAUUCCCACUGUUAUCCCAGUUCUUAAACGGGCGAUGGUUUAUGACGAGAUUAGGGGAAAUUUUUCUGUCGGAUCGCACGUUCGGGAUGCAGCAUGUUACGUCAUGUGGGCCUUCGCAAGAGCCUUUGAGCCUCACAUAAUCGAACCGUACGUCAACGACAUUGCCACAUGUCUCAUCAUUACGAUGACGUUUGAUCGAGAAGUAAAUUGCCGAAGAGCUGCGUCUGCUGCAUUUCAAGAAAAUGUCGGAAGACAAGGGAACUUUCCACAUGGAAUUGAUAUCAUUACUGUUGCUGAUUAUUUUGCCGUUGGAAUUAGGACAAAUGCAUUCACAAAAGUCAGUGUCGAAAUAGGAAAAUUCCAAAUAUACACGACAGCAAUGAUUGCUCACCUAAUGGAUUUAAAGUUUAACCAUUUUGACGAAGUAGUGAGAGAGUUGACGGCCGAGGCGUUGGGAAAUCUUGCCAUAAUGGAACCGUUGUACGUUACGGAAAAAGUCGUCCCAGCUUUGAUUUCGUUUUGCACCGACUCGGACACUUACACUUCUCAUGGAGCAUUAAUCAGCUUAGGAGCGAUUUUGGUCAAAUUGAAGAGUAUUGAUCGACUGAAGUUCAGUAAUGAUAUUUUAACUUCGAUUGGCGAAAUUGUUCCAAAAAUUGUGGAGAAAAAGUUUGCAAAUAGUGCACGUGGGAAUGAAUUUAUCAGAGUGGGAUUGAAUGAGUUCAUUGAUUCGUGUUCGUUGUCCAAAAUGCCGUAUCAUAAUGAUGAAAAUUUCAUAACUGUCUGCCAUAAACUUCUUGAGGAACAUCUUUCCAGUGUUGAAAACCGCACGAGAAUAUCCGCUGGAAAAGCAUUCGCACAUUUUGUCGUCGAAUACUAUCACAACAACCCAGCCAAGCACAAUUGUCUCACAGGAAUUCUUGAAGGAAUGUGCAAAGAGUUGACCAGUAAUGUGAUGCCUGCUAGGCAAGGGCAUGCUCAUGCCUUAGGUCGACUUCCUGUAAGCGUAUUAAAAGAAAACUUUGUCGACGUGAUUACUGCGCUACUAAAAUGUUCGACAAUAACUCCUGACACCGUAUUGUGGGCCGAAUCUCGAAGGGAUGCUCUCGUUGCUUUAAGUAGCAUUUUUAUUCAUAAGAAGUUUAGUAGAAAUUCGUCUUGGGAAGAUGGAAUACCUUUGGAGCUGCUGAAUACUGAACAAAUCUUAAACUCCCUCCUAGAAUCGAUUGAAGAUUACACAACUGAUAAACGUGGAGAUAUCGGAUGCUGGGUCAGAAAAUCUUCGAUAACUGCUUUGAAGAUUUUUAGUAUACGAUUAAACGAAUGUGGAUCAUUUAAAGAUGUGGAUCCUUCAAAUAUUUCCAAGAUAAUGGGACUAAUUGCGAAACAAUGUGUUGAAAAGAUUGAUAAUGUUCGUGUCCAUGCUGGCCAAGCAUUUGCGACAAUUAUUCAUCAAAAGGAUCCUGAGAUGUUGGACAUUCCACAUAGAGAUGCAAUAUUACGAAUAUUCCCAGAAGAUUUUUGCAGAUCUGUAAAUUGGAGAUCCACGACAUCCACAUUUCCCAAGUUCGUAGAAAUGUUAACAUUGGAACACUGCACAUACUACUUGCUCGAAGGAUUCAUCAUUAGUGGAGGAAGUUUGAGUGACAGUGUAAUGAAAGACGCUAACGGUGCAAUUACUAAUUAUCUCGUUGCGGCUGGUGCUAUGGGGGAUGCUGAGUUGAAUAGAAUUGGUCAGGUUAUGCUCAAAAUCUUUGAGAGCAACCUUAGAAUGGAUCGAGUUACGGUGCCUUUGAUGAAAUUUGUCACCCAAUUACUACAGUCUGGAACGUUUCUGCCUUUAUUAACGGAUGGGUCCGAUUCUUUUGGUCUUGCCUUGAUUGAGCUGACAAAAAAUGAACUCUUUAAAAGUGGGAGAGUUGAAAAACUUGUUCUCGGCGUGGAAUUAUUGUGCGAAAUGCUUCAAGGAAGUUUGGCUGUGAUCAGAUCAGCCAUGAAGAAGCUUACCGUGUACCUGGCCCACGCUUAUCCUCGUGUCCGAGUUAUCACCUCGCAAAAGAUUUACGAAGCGUUGCUGACUUAUGGUGCAGAAGAGUUGGCCAGCCAGGAGGAAGUCGAGCACGUCAUGACGUUACUGCAAGAAUCACAAUGGGAAGGAGACGCCAACGCAGUUCGCCCAAUUCGAAACCAAAUUUGUACCAUAUUCAACAUUCCACAACCAAUUUCACUAAAACCGCCGUCCGCCUAAAUAAUAAGGUAAUUUAGAAUUCAGCUUUAUUCCUGAAUAUUUAGUUCGGGGAUUUAAUCCAGUUACCAGAUUUUAUAUUUCAUUUUAUAAAUUCAUUAACGAUUCUUAAAAUUUUCUGUGAUUUGCAAUGCAACUGUUAUGCUUUAUUAUGAGUGGGUCAUAGUAUUUAAGUUUUUCACUAUUCAAUCUUAAUUGUUACAAUUAGUCACAAUAAAGAUACAAAUCUUAAGCCACUUAA